GCAUGCCGGACCAAGGUGUACGACUUCAGCGACGGAAUAUCUCAGUACGCCUGGUAUCCGUGCACCGCCAACAACACUCACACUGUUUUCUGGCUCAAGGCGUAUUUCUCCCAGCCGAUGGUAGCGGCGGCUGUGCUUAUCCACUUGGUGACAGACGGGACGUGGUUGCACAUGGAUCUGGAGCAAAAACAGGAAUCUGUUAUCGUACAGCUCAUCGACACAAAAGACCAGCUCCAUAAUCUCGGGUCCCACAGCCUUAGCUGCCGGAAGAACCCUUUGGUGAUCCCCGUCAACCACGACCUCAGCCAACAUUUCUACCACACCCAGGCGAUCCUCAUCACCUUCAGCUCUCCCUUCGUGGCCAUCUCUGGGGUGGCCCUGCGCUCCUUCCAUAACUUUGAUCCCAUCACCGUCAGCAGCUGCGAGAACGGGCAGACGUACAGUCCGGCCGAACAGAGCUGUGUCCGAUAUUCUUGCAAAGCCGCCACCUGCCAGGAACUGGACAUCGAGAACGCAGAGCUGACCGUCACCAGGAAGGGGGGCUUCAUCGGCGCUCAGUGCAACGUCACCUGCCACCGAGGGUACCUCCUCCGGGUCCAGAGGGACAGCAACCCUGUCAAGCAUCAGAUGGAGUCCAGCAUCACCAUGACAUGCAUAGAUGGGAGAUGGAACCAGCAGGUGUCCUGUGAGCCCAUUGACUGCGGGAUCCCCGACCAGUAUCAUAUCUAUCCAGCCACCUUCAAUUGCAGCGAGGGGACCACUUUUGGGAAGAGAUGCUCCUUCACGUGCAAAGCUCCUGCACAGCUGAAAGGAACCAACAACGUCCUGACAUGUUUGGAGGAUGGCUUGUGGUCCUUCCCGGAAGCCCUGUGUGAGCUGAUGUGCCGGGCUCCUCCCACGAUCCCCAGCGCAGACCUCCAGACGGCCCGCUGCCGGGAAGGGAAGCAUAAAGUGGGCGCCCUUUGCAAGUACAAAUGCUUGCCGGGGCAUCACGUGGCCGGAUCCUCUCGGAAGGCGAGGAAGAGGGUGUUUAAGAUUCAGUGCACCAAAGACGGCAUCUGGCAGGAAGGCGCUUGCGUCCCGGUUACCUGUGAACCCCCGCCUUCCAAGUUCCAUGGACUGUAUCAGUGCACGAACGGCUUCCAGUUCAACAGUGAGUGCAGGAUCAAGUGCCGAGAGGAGAGCCAGCCGGGUCGUGGGAACAACGUGAUCCACUGCCGGAAGGAUGGCACCUGGAGCGGAUCCUUCCACCUCUGCCCGGGGAUGCAAGGCCAGUGCACCCUCCCCACGCAGCUGAGCAGCGGCCUCAAACUGCAGUGCUUGGAGGGAUACAGCAUAGGUGCUCAGUGCAACAUCCUCUGCCCGGACCAUCACAAUGAGCCCAUCCUGUUGCGACCCAACGAGACUUUAGAAGACGUAAAACACUGGAUGAAUCCUCCGAGAGUAAAGAAUGUCGUCUGCACCGCCGAACUGAAGUGGUAUCCGCAUCCGGCCCUCAUCCAUUGCAACAAGGGUUGUGAGCCUUUCAUGGGGGACAACUACUGUGAUUUCAGCAACAACCGAGCCUUCUGCAACUACGAUGGCGGAGACUGUUGUGCAUCGACCGUGAAGACUAAAAAGGUCAUUCCCUUCCCUAUGUCCUGCGACCUGCAAGGGGCUUGUGCCUGUCUGGAUCCCGGCGCCCAGGAACACAAGCAACGGGGUCAUCGCGAGCUCAGUUUUGGAUAAGGCGGCGCACCCCGAGGGACGGAAGAGGAACACCACUAAGCCUGGCAAGGAGAGCGAGUGCGAGAGUGAGAGAGAGCGAGAGAGAAAGAGACAUCACUGGAGGCCCCCCUCCUGUUUUUGUUGGUAUUUGUUUUAAAACCGUUUCAGCUGCUCGGUUCAAAUUUUUUUGCACCAGGGACCUUUAGAAUGCAACCAAUCUGCCUUUAAUUUCUUUCCCAAGGAGAACGAAAAAAAAUGGUUUGGAGUUGUGGGAGGGAGGGGGGAGAGGACAGAGAGAGGAGGAAGUGGCCGCAUUAGACAUAUCUUAACUAUCAAGAACAAGCAAAAUGACAAAGCGACAAAAUAGAUGAGGAGGACUUCCGGGUCUCGAGAAGUGGGGGAAAAGAAGCAUGCGUUAAAUGCAGUUCUGCAUCCGUCUCGUUGGAACGACGUGCGGUUUUACGUUUGCCCAUCUUUCGGUUAAGUUUUGCUCUUUCUGAACAUUUUUUUUUUGUAUCCAGAUUAAGGUAAGAAACAAGCCAUAUAUAAAUGUUAUUGAUGGAGAGGGAGGGAGGGGAUGCGAGCGAAACAUUUGCAGUCCCCCGAAUCUCUCUCUCUCUCCCGGAAGAGAUGGGGCUUCCCAGCCCGAGGUUGGUGUCCUUCAGCUGCCAAGCCUGGAGGGUCCUUAAAACAUGCGUUGGCCUCGCCACCCGUGAGGGGCUUCAGCGAGCCGUUCAGAAAAUGUGUGGGCAGAGGUGGGCGGGGGGAGGAAGCCAGGAUGGCAUACGGGGAGAACAUCCGCUGAACUGGGCUGAAGGGCUUGGAAGUGCCACCCCGGGAAGAGAAGGAGAAGGUAGAAGGUGGUCAACCAAAAUCUCCAUAUUGCUGCUGCUGCUGCUAAUUCCUGCUGCUGCUAUGUUCCAUAAAACUCAUUCCUUUUUUUUUUUUUUUACUGUGUCUGGAAUCGGGUGCUGUUCAGCCUCCACGCAACCAAAACAGCCUGCCUUAAACCUCUUUACCUACGGCCUGCCUUCCAAACCUCCUUGGGGCUUUUCUGUCCUCUUCUGCCCCGCCUCGUCUGUACGUUGGAAGGGGAGAGGGAAGGGGGAAAAAAACGGGACACCAACCAACUCCAAAAUGAAACGACGUAGAUAAACAAUUCCCAAACGAAUCCUCAAGCCCUCAAACACUCUAGCCGAUGGAUAUCUUCUCCAUCAAUUGACCUACCGGGGCUUCUUCUGCGUCCCUCCCCUUGGUUCCCGGUGGGCCAUUUCUGACCUCCUUGGUCCCAUUCUUGCUGCUAAAAUCCCGUCCUCUGCACUCAAGAAGCCUGGGCUUGUUUGAGCUGGGAGGCCACCUAUACGGGUUUUGUCUCCAUUGACAAAGCCACCAUGCCCUCUCGGCCUUGGUCCAAGAGAAACGGAGGCUCGGGCAGAUUACUGAUGGAACGGAACCACGAUUUAAGCCUCCUGAUCUACACCCAGUUGCUAGUUCCCACUAGAGAAGACCCACUGAAUUGAUGGCUGGAUAUGAAGUUAGCUACGUAUGUGGAAUUCUCAGUCAACGCUUGUGCGGGGGUCAGAAUCCGGUCCUAUUGAUGGACUGAGUCUAGUCUUGUCCGGAUGAUGUGCAGAAUCCAGAGUGGUGGUGUUGCUGAGUUCCUCUGUUUUCAAGUAGGGUCACUGCCAUGUCAGAAUACAGUGAUGUUGAGAACACACCGUAGACCUGGGAGACUCAUCAGAUCAACCUCUCUGUACAGUGAUGCCUUGCUAGACAGUUAACCCGCUUCGCAAACCGAUUUUCGCUUGACGAUU